CGGUUGGGUGUGCUUUGGACUAGCUUUACGCAUUCUGAAGGCAUCAGUUUACGAUUCAGAAACCAAACCUAGGUCUGAAAAUUCUCCUGCAACGAGUUCAAUUGAGAGAAUUCAGCUGUUGAUUAUUCCAUACAUUUGAUCUGUUCGAUCGAUCAAUGGCCGGCGACGGUGACAAGUGGCGUCCCAGCAAGAAAUUUAAAAUCUCCUCGAAGGCUGCCCAUUUCGUUGAUGACGUUGAAUUGGACUCCGCAGCAGACUUCGAUGAGGACAGCCGCGAACGCGAGAGAGAAGCCAACAAGAGAGAUUUCACUAAGCUUGAGCUGAAGGUCGACCACUCUAAUCGACCACUCUGGGCAUGCGCGGAUGGACGCAUCUUCCUCGAGACUUUCUCGCCGCUCUACAAACAGGCCUACGAUUUCCUCAUUGCAAUUGCUGAACCGGUUUGCAGGCCAGAGUCCAUGCAUGAGUACAACCUCACACCCCAUUCGCUCUAUGCUGCCGUCUCUGUUGGGCUUGAGACGGAAACCAUCAUUAAUGUUCUUAACAAGUUGUCUAAGACUAAAUUACCGAAAGAGAUGAUAGAUUUCAUCCAUGGAUCCACUGCAAACUAUGGAAAAGUCAAACUGGUGCUUAAGAAGAACAGGUAUUUUAUAGAGUCACCAUUCCCUGAGGUAAUUUUGAUUGUUUUCGUAUCCUUUUUUUCAUCAUUUGGUUGCAUGCUGCAAUUCAAUUGUACGACGACAAUGUUCAAAUGUAUCAUGCAGGUGCUGAAGACAUUGCUUAAGGAUGAUGUUAUCUCUAAAGGGAGGAUUUCUUUAGAGGAAUAUCAAGCUGGUGAAACUUUUUCAGUAAGCAAAACUCCAGGAGAAAUGGAUACUCAUAGUGGGUUGUUGGAUGGAGCUGACUUAGCUGCUGCUGCGGAAGAAAAGGAAACUCAUUCUUUUGAGAUUGAUCCUGCUCAGGUGGAGAACGUAAAACAAAGAUGCUUGCCAAAUGCCUUAAAUUAUCCUAUGCUUGAAGAGUAUGAUUUCCGAAAUGAUACAGUCAAUCCUGACUUGAACAUGGAAUUGAAACCUCAAGCUCAACCAAGGCCAUACCAAGAGAAGAGCCUUAGCAAGAUGUUUGGAAAUGGACGAGCAAGAUCUGGUAUCAUAGUGUUACCUUGUGGUGCUGGAAAGUCACUUGUUGGUGUUUCUGCAGCAUGUCGAAUAAAGAAAAGCUGCCUUUGCUUGGCUACCAAUGCUGUCUCUGUGGAUCAAUGGGCUUUUCAGUUCAAGCUUUGGUCCACAAUUAGAGAUGAUCAAAUCUGUCGUUUCACAUCUGAUAACAAGGAAAAGUUCCGUGGUAAUGCUGGUGUUGUUGUGACAACAUACAAUAUGGUUGCUUUUGGUGGCAAACGCUCAGAAGAUUCUGAGAAAAUCAUUGAAGAAAUUAGGAAUAGAGAGUGGGGUUUGCUUCUUAUGGAUGAGGUGCAUGUUGUUCCUGCACACAUGUUUCGUAAAGUCAUUAGUAUCACAAAAUCACAUUGCAAACUUGGGCUUACUGCAACACUUGUGAGAGAGGAUGAGCGAAUAACAGAUUUGAACUUCCUUAUUGGACCUAAGCUAUAUGAAGCUAACUGGCUAGAUCUAGUAAAGGGAGGAUUCAUAGCGAAUGUUCAGUGUGCUGAAGUAUGGUGUCCCAUGACGAAAGAGUUCUUUGCAGAGUACUUGAAAAAAGAAAACUCUCAGAAGAAACAGGCUCUAUACGUCAUGAAUCCUAAUAAAUUCAGGGCUUGUGAGUUUUUAAUUCGUUUUCAUGAGCAACAGCGUGGUGAUAAGAUUAUCGUAUUUGCGGAUAAUCUUUUUGCGCUCACAGCUUAUGCAAUGAAACUUCGGAAACCAAUGAUCUAUGGUGCAACCAGCCACCAGGAAAGAACAAGGAUUCUUCAAGCAUUCAAACAUAGUCCUGAUGUUAAUACAAUCUUUUUGUCUAAGGUUGGUGACAACUCAAUUGAUAUUCCAGAAGCCAAUGUGAUAAUACAGAUCUCGUCUCAUGCGGGUUCACGCCGUCAAGAAGCUCAGAGAUUGGGUCGCAUUCUCAGGGCAAAGGGUCGGUUACAAGACAGAAUGGCUGGUGGGAAAGAAGAGUACAAUGCUUUCUUCUACUCUUUAGUGUCCACGGAUACACAGGAGAUGUAUUAUUCCACUAAAAGGCAGCAAUUUUUGAUUGAUCAGGGCUAUAGCUUCAAGGUCAUAACUAGCUUGCCGCCUCCUGAUACAGGGCCAGAACUGAGCUAUUAUCAUCUGAACGAGCAACUUGACCUCCUAAACAAGGUUCUGAAUGCUGGAGAUGAUGCUGUGGGUCUUGAGCAGCUGGAUGAAGAUGCAGAUGACAUUGCUCUUCUGAAGGCUCGACGUUCUGUCGGGUCCAUGAGCGCACUGUCUGGAGCAAGUGGGAUGGUUUACAUGGAAUACAAUACGGGGCAUGGCAAAAAGACCGCGCAGGGCCAGACGAAGGCCAAACAAAAGGAUCCCUCCAAGAGGCACGCUUUAUUUAAGAAGCGCUUUGGUUAAGCUGCAUUUUCUCUGCCAUACGCAAACGCAUUUUCUGAUUUCAUCCUAUGACUAACUGCCGUUUGAUCAAGCUGCCUUUAGCUAUAGUAUGUAUCCUUUUCCCUUACGAAUGUACUGUUGGCAUAUGACUGUUACUCAUGCCCUGCAAAUGUAAAGUCUUGUUAUAUAUAUACAUACAGAGAGAGAGAGAGAGAGAGAGAGAGAGAGAGAUAGAGAGAGAGAGGGAGAGAGAA